GAACGUCAUGCAUUUUCAUUAAAUAAUGAUCUUUUUCCGGUGUUUACAAAUGAAAAUGAAAAAGUUUCUUCGAAUGAUUUUCAACAUCAACAUCAUCAUGAAUUUUCGACACGUAAAAAUGAAGAAUCUGAAGAUUCACCAUUCAAUUUUAAUAAUUCAAAUCGUAAUGGUGUUGCAACAGAUAAAAGUACACUUUUAUUUGAACUUGAUCCUAAUGCACCUGAUUCGGAUCGUAUACAUGCAGAUAAAAUGGGUUUAACACCAUCAUCA